UGGAAAUAUGGAACGUGACGCCGUCGAAAUCAGAAACGAUUUGAUCAAUGGAUACGGGGGGGCCUCUAUGGUUGGAGUAUGUUAGCACUGGUAAAUAUCGGGUGGGAUAGCUUGUAAUGAGGGGAGAGGUGACGAUGUAUGGUAGUUGAGCGGGGAGAGGGGUCGGAACAUACCCAGAGAAUCGCUCCGUUAGGAGGGAUUGGAUAAGGACAUUUUGGUAAUCUAAGAGAAGCAUGAUGAUGGACCGGGGAUCAUGUCAAUGCGUGAAGCGAAAAGAUGUAUAUUCCCAGUAGUUGUUUGAUAAAUGUUGGCCGCAUCAGCCUGCACCGCCGCAACAACUACGAAGUGGAGCGGAGGAUACUGCCGCAAUGGUCAGUAGCGGCCACCGUAGUUAGGCGCCUAUUGUUGCGCGCGCUAAAAUAACUGGCUGCGAAAAAGUCGAGGGAGCUCCAAAUUUUUGCUUGAGCACCCAGGCGGAAAAAAUGGUCAAAUCAUAUUUGAAAUUCGAGCCUUCGAAAACCUUUGGCCUUAUUACUGCGGCUUGGUCGAAUGCGGUUUGGAUACCUGACGAAGAUGUCUCCACCGAAACUCGACACACGGGUGCCGGACGAGCAGUUGUUGGAGCAGGAGAGGAGGUGAUAUGCUGGGAUUUGAAAAAGGGUGAAUUGCUCAGCAAAUGGAGGGAUGUGGAUUGCAGCGCACAGGUCACGGCUAUCUCACAAAGCAAAACAGAUAAAGAUAUUUUCGCGGUUGGGUAUGAGGAUGGCACAAUCAGGCUAUGGGACUCGAGACUAGCGACGGUUAUGAUAUCUUUCAAUGGCCAUAAAACCGCCAUUACCCAGUUGGCAUUCGACAGUGCGGGAGUGCGCUUGGCGAGUGGCUCCAAAGACACCGACGUUAUAGUAUGGGACUUGAUCGCAGAGGUUGGCAUUGUCAAACUACGGGGUCACACGGAUCAAAUUACCUCUGUCAACUUUUUGAACGGUUCGGGCGCCGGUGACACUGAAAUACAAAGUAACACUGACCAGGACCGCUUCCUCUUGACCACUGGAAAAGAUUCCUUGAUCAAAGUCUGGGACCUUUCGUCUCAGCACUGCAUCGAAACUCAUGUCGCGCAGAGCAACGGGGAAUGUUGGUCAUUGGGGCUUUCACCCGACCAGAGUGGAUGUAUAACUGGAGGGAACGAUGGCGAACUUCGAGUGUGGUCCAUCGAUGCUGCUGCGAUGAAUGAAGUGGCGAAAGAGACUGGGGCAACAGACGGUCGCAAAAUCCUUGUGGAUAGGGGUAAUUUAUAUCGACAGGGCAAAGACCGAACAGUCGGUAUCAGCUUCCAUCCGAGGUUGGAUUACAUUGCAGUCCACGGCGCUGAAAAAUCGAUCGAGAUCUGGAGGAUACGAACAGAGACUGAAGUACAAAAGAGCCUAGCAAGAAAACGGAGACGGAGGCGAGAAAAAGCUGGUGAACAAGGCGCUGGAAAUGAGCUAGAAAAUGCUGCAGAUGCUGAUAAACCACAGUCUAUCUCGGCCGCCCCAAUAUCUGACGUUUUUGUGUCGUAUACUAUCGUCAGAACAGGUGGAAAAAUUCGUUCAGGGGACUGGAUGGGUGGGAAAGGCCUCAGAUUACUUGCGGCAACAACCAACAAUCAACUGGAAGUGUACGGUGUGAUCCCUGCGGAGAAGCGAAAAUCGAAAGAGAGCGAGGAGUCAGAAUAUAACCGCGCAUUAUCGAUUGAUAUGCCAGGUCACCGCACGGACAUUCGAUCGCUUGCCCUGAGCUCUGAUGAUAGGAUGCUUUCAUCCGCCUCGAAUGGUAGUUUGAAGAUCUGGAAUGUGCGAACCCAGACCUGCUUACGAACUUUGGAAUGUGGUUACUCAUUAUGCUCCGCCUUCCUACCUGGAGACAAAAUCGUGGUAGUGGGGAAUAAGAAUGGGGAGCUAGAAGUCUUUGACAUUGCCUCAUCUACCUUGCUGGAUACAGUACAAGCGCACGAAGGCCCCAUAUGGGCGCUACACGUUCAUCCUGAUGGGAAAUCUAUGGUUACGGGAAGUGCUGAUAAGACAGCUAAGUUCUGGGAUUUCAAGGUCGUACAAGAAGAGAUUCUAGGUACGAAACGGACGACUCCUCGCCUUAAAUUAGUUCAUACGAGGACACUUAAAGUGAACGACGAUAUCCUAAGUAUUCGCUUCUCUCCCGAUGCGCGACUCAUCGCUGUAGCACUGUUGGAUAAUACCGUCAAAGUGUUCUUCGUUGACACUUUGAAACUAUUCUUGAUCUUAUAUGGCCACAAGCUUCCUGUCCUUAACAUGGAUAUCUCAUACGACAGCAAAUUAAUCGUCACCUGCUCUGCGGACAAGAACGUUCGGCUAUGGGGCCUGGAUUUCGGUGAUUGUCACAAGGCGUUCUUCGCUCAUCAAGACAGUAUCAUGGCAGUAGCUUUCAUACCGAAUAAUAAUGAGGGCAACGGUCAUCACUUCUUCAGUGCCAGCAAAGAUCGGGUGAUAAAGUAUUGGGAUGGUGAUAAAUUCGAACAAAUUCAAAAACUCGAAGGGCACCAUGGCGAGAUAUGGUCGCUUGCUGUCAGCCAUUCUGGAGAAUUCAUCGUCAGUGCAAGCCACGAUAAAAGUAUCAGAGUAUGGGAGCAAACUGAUGAGCAAAUAUUCUUGGAAGAAGAACGAGAGAAGGAACUCGAAGAGCUCUACGACAGCACUUUAGCAACCUCGCUUGAUCAGGACGAGGAUGCUGAAGGGCAGGACAAAGCAGAGGCAGUGGCUGCUGGCAAACAGACCGUUACAACCCUCAUGGCCGGUGAGAAGAUUGUAGAGGCUCUCGAUCUCGGCAUUGAGGACCUGGCGCUUAUGAGAGAGUGGAAGGAGUUGAAAUUAUCCAAUCCCAAUGCAGCACCGCCAUCGCGCAAUCCCGUCUAUCUAGCCCUGGGUAACAUUGCCGCAGAACGUCAUGUCCUGCAAGUCAUACGAAAAAUUCCAGCAGCAGCACUCCAAGAUGCCCUCCUGGUUCUUCCCUUUUCAAAAUUACCGGCCCUCUUCACAUUUCUGAAUAUCUGGGCAAAGAACGGAUGGGAAAUCCCGCUGACCUGUCGCGUCCUAUUUUUCAUGCUCAAAACGCAUCAUCGCCAGAUUGUGGCGAGCAAGAUGAUGAGACCGAUGCUCGAUGGUAUUCGAGGCAACCUACGACGUGUCCUUGCCAGACAGAAAGAUGAAAUGGGGUUCAAUAUUGCAGCACUCAAAUUCAUAGGCAACCAGGUCCGGGAACGUGGCCGUUCGGAUUACAUUGAUGAGGAGCUGUGGGAGAGGGAAGAGCAGCAGGAAAAAGGGAGCAAAAAGCGGUAUUUCGUCAAUGUUUCAUAAGGGGUAGAAUUCGCAUGAGUUCGUUCUGCUCUAUUGACUUUCAAAUGUCUUAUUCACAGGCUACAUAUUUUGGGAGUUGGAAAGGGGCUUGUUUGUCUCUUGGGAAGUAAUUUUUUAAAAAAGGCUUUCUUUGAAAGGAAUUUUGUUUAAAUAGAUUUCAAUUAACGCAAGGAAGGUUCUUGUACGGAAUAAGUUUAUCUCAUCAUUCUGGUGAUUUCAACCGUAACUAGCAGCCUUCCCACAUAAUCAGACUGGAUUCACGAAUUACGGACAACCCAUCGAUGGAGAUUCGGCGGGAUUACGCCAACAGCACUUGUAGGAGUAGCC